CUGUUGCAUCGCGACAUCAGCGGUGGCAACAUCCUCAUACUACCCAAGGUGUCCAAAGAGGAAGAUGGCACCCGUGCCUUGAAAUGGACGGGCAUCCUCGUUGACUGGGAAAUGUCCAAGCCCUUGCAGAAUACCGCGUCCAGACCCCGUCAGCCAGAGCGCACUGGUACUUGGCAGUUCCUCUCAGUCGCACUCCUAUCUCGCCCCAAGAUCGUAGAGAUCUGCGACGAACUUGAGAGCUUCCUCUACGUCAUCAUCUACUAUGCCGUUCGGUACCUCAGGUCGAACCUCGAAGGGCACGCCGUAGGAAACUGGAUUGACACCUUCUUCGACACGUACGGCGUCACUAGGGAUGCGUACACGUGCGGCGAUAAGAAAAUCGCCACCAUCAAGGAA